CAUUCUUCGCAAGAUUGGUCAGUCUAAUCGCGCGUUUUGCCUAAACCGGUCUGUUUAUUUUCUUCUGUAUGCCAUUCCAUUAUGAGCCAAUCCAAAAAAUGCUUUUGUGGUCCGGGUUAUGCAACUCCUUUGGAUGCAAUUCGCGACGGUCCACGGGAAAAACUCCUCUACGUUGUAACCGUUCAGCCGAAACUGGACGAGCCCCAUGGUGACUACCUCUCGACGGUCGAUGUAGAUCCAGACAGUCCAUCAUAUUGUCAAGUUAUUCAUCGAACUUUUACCAACAGUACUGGCAAUGAAAUGCACCACAGUGGAUGGAAUACUUGUUCUAGUUGUCAUUUUGUGGACAACAAGGCAGAAGCUCCUAGAAGAGAUCGAAUGGUACUACCAUGUUUGAAUUCGGACCGAAUUUUCAUUGUUGAUGUUGGAACAGACCCUAAAGCCCCUACUCUCUUCAAAGUGAUUGAAGGUGAUAUACUGAAGAAGGCAAACACCACCGCGCCCCACACAACUCAUUGUCUACCAAAUGGCAAUAUAAUGGUUUCGGUCAUGGGUGAUGCAGAAGGCAACGCGAAAGGAGAAUUUCUUGAGUUCGAUAAGAACUUUGAAUUUGUGGGGGUCUGGACGAAAGGAGAUAAGGUUGCACUGUGUGGGUAUGACUAUUGGUACCAGCCGUAUUUCAAUGUAAUGGUUGCCUCUGAAUGGGGUGCUCCGAAGCUCUUUCGACGUGGUUAUCAAGACUCAGACAUUAAAGAUCCUGAACAGUAUGGCCGGCGACUGAAUUUUUACAAAUGGAACGAACGUCAGUUAUUUCAAACAAUCGAUUUAGGAGAAGAAGGGAUCUGUCCUCUGGAAAUCAGAUUUUUACACAACCCCAAGGAAAAUCAAGGCUACGUAGGCUGUGCUCUGAAGGCAAAAGUUUUCAGAUUCUACCUAGAUGAAAAUUCAGAUCAGUAUAUUACUGAAAAAGUAAUUGAUGUGCCGGCCAAAAAAGUCGAAGGAUGGCCCUCUCCGUACAUCAAUGGAAUGAUGACAGAUAUUUUAAUUUCACUGGACGACAAAUUUCUGUAUUUUAGUAACUGGCUUCAUGGAGAUGUUCGUCAGUAUGAUAUAACCGAUCGCGCGAAUCCAAAAUUAACUGGUCAAGUAUGGCUAGGCGGUGCCAUUCUUAGCGAUUCACAAGUGAAAGUUAUUGAAGACACAGAGCUGCCCAAACAGCCUGAUCCUACAUUCAUUAAAAAUCGACGACUGUUAGGUGGGCCGCAAAUGCUACAAUUGUCACUGGACGGAAAACGGCUCUACGUGUCGUCAAGUUUGUUCUCCCCCUGGGACAAGCAAUUUUACCCUGAGAUGGUGAAAGCCGGUGGAACAAUCGUACAAAUUGAUAUCGACACAGUCAACGGAGGCAUGAAGAUCAAUGAAAACUUUUUGGUUGAUUUCGCAGAUGAGCCAUACGGUCCAUCGCUUCCACAUGAAAUGAGAUACCCAGGCGGUGAUUGCACUUCGGAUAUCUGGAUAGUUAACGAAUAAGUUAUGUUCAUCUUUGGGCCCUUCAUGACCAUGCUACGCAGAAAUUGUUUGCACAAGAUAUAUGAGAGAAGGAGAAUAAAUUUAUGGUGGUUGUGUAACUAUUAGUAUGAUCAAAUUGUAUAGUGAAGUGUGUAAAAAUGAAAGCCUUUAUAUUUUUCACACGAUCUCACAUUUAUAGCUAAUGGCUGUGUCAUAAAGAUAUGUGAGAUUUAAAAAUAAAUGUUUGAUUCUGUUGUUAAAUGCACUUUAUUCAAAAAAUUUGGGUAACUUUUCAAAUAUUGGUUUGUCAGACUGUAAUAAUAUUAAUAAUAACAAGCAUGAGACUUUCAUAUUGUGAUAAGAUUAAUCCUAUGUGUCCGACAGGGUGCCUUGACAGAUUUAAAUCCAUGAAAUUCUAGUAUUCUUCACCAUGCUGGAAAUUAGUAUUUAGUGACAUCUCAGAACAUCACUGAGCAUAGCUUUUGUGGAAAUAAAAUUGAUGAUUCGGGAAGUGGGGGCCUGAGGAAGGGCUUCUGGAUUGUUAAUCCCGUAACCGGCAAGGUUACUCGCCAAACUGAAAUGCUCAUAACUUUUGGAUAUUUUGAAUGUAGGAACUCUUAGAAGAUUGAAAAUCAAACAGAUGAA